AUGGCGCAAGCGCCGUCCGGCCUUGGUGGUGACCCCCCAGAUACACCGAUGGAAGAUGGAGAUCCUCAUGCUCACUCGGCAAAGAAGCACAGAUCCUCCAAGCGCUCAUUCGCAGAUGCUGUGUCUUCUUUCACCAACACUCCUAGCGUUGAAACUUCAUGUAUUGACAACAACGAAUGGGCUUUUGAAGACAUUGAUGUUGUCUCCGACACUGAACUAGAUGCGGCUGAUAUGGCAGAUGGACGCCCACGCGUCUCCUUCUCCAAAGAAUUACGUAGAGAACUAUGCAGCGCAUGGAAGAUGUCCAUAAUCAUCAAAUACCUUGGUAAAAACAUUCAUGUUAAUGUUCUUAAUCAGCGGCUUCCCGGGAUGUGGAAUCUACAAGGGAAGAUGACCCUAAUCGAUAUCGGUUAUGGGUGUUUCGUGGCUCGCCUUGAUAACAAAGUUGAUUACCUCCAUGUCCUCCUCGACGGCCCGUGGAAUAUCUUCGACAACUACCUUGUCACGCAGCGUUGGGAACUAGGGUUUCGUCCCUGUACGGCUAGAUUCUCGAAGAUGGCAGUGUGGGUUAGACUCCCCGAGUUACCUAUGGAAUACUUUCGUGAUGACACCAUUAGAGCAAUUCUGGAAAACGUGGGCAAGCCGCUCAAAUUGGACAGAACAACGGUGGUGGCAACGAAAGGGAGGUUUGCCCGAGCGGCGGUGGAAAUCGACCUCAACAAAUCGCUUGUCUCGGAGGUGUGGGUUGACAAUGAGGUUCAACUCGUGGAAUACGAAGGGCUGCAUGUUGUCUGCUUCCACUGCGGUGUCGUCGGCCACCGCGAACAGGCGUGUCCGGAAAAUAAAACGGCGGAAACUGAAGUUCCAAUCGUGGACUUGAACUCCAGCCCUAUCCCGGAAACGUCGAACAACCAGCAAACUCAGACGCCGACUCCUCCACCGCAGGUUCAGGAGAAGAGACGGUUUGGAACUUGGAUGCUUGUCACGAAGAAAUCCAAGCCGGGGGAUACGGUGAAGAACACACGCCAUUCCAGAAAGGACUCCAACAUCUCUACUGUUAAUCGUGGUAACCAGUAUAGUUUACUGGCUGAUAUUCAUGAAGAUUCUGAACCGACCGUUCACAGACAACAAACCGACAAGAACAAAUCCAAAUCAAUUCCACGACAAACCUCCAAAGGUAUUCCUACUACCUUUGUUGAUACGGGUUUUCCGUCUUGUUCCACGCCUGGAGAGGGCGGUGACCAAACCUCCCAUGUUCCCACUGAAAUUAAGUCCGCUAAGGCGGAUAAGAUGAUUGACUUGGCUUAUACUUUAGGGUUCAAUAACCAUUUUCUGGUUAACCCUAUUGGAUUUGCGGGUGAUCUUCUUCUUUUUUGGAAACAGGGUCAUAUUGACCUUGAGAUUGUUAGUCACAAUUCUCAAGCCAUUCAUACCAGAGUGAAUAGGCCGUCUAAGAAUUGUUUCAUUACUUUCGCGUACGUUAGACCUAACCUUUUGGCUAAGUGCAGGUUUUGGGACCAUUGUAGAUCCCUUUCGGGAUCCAUUCAAAUCCCCUGGCUCGUGUUAGGGGAUUUUAAUGAUAUUGCAGGAAUCGAUGAGCAGUGGGGGAGCGUCAACUCCAACGCCAAUCAAUUCCAACGUUUUUCUGAAGCCUUCGGAGACUGUAACCUCUUGGAUCCAGGAGCUUCAGGUCCUAAAUUUACUUGGCAUAGAUUGGCGGGUAACAGAGUGAUUCAAAUGAGGAGACUGGAUAGACUCUUUUGGAACAUUGAAGCUCAAGUAGCUUUCCCCGAAGCCAAAGUGCUGGUCUUACCUCGCCUCUAUUCUGACCAUAAUCCAAUCUUGUUUGUAGAAGAAGCGGGCCAACCACCGAACAGGGACUUGAGACCCAUCAGAUUUGAGGCGGCUUGGCUCAAUAGAGAUGACUAUAAUCUCAUUUGGAAAGAGGUCGCGAGCAACUCCACCCAGUCUUUUACAGACAUCAUCUCUACGGUGACACGCAAAAGCCUGCUUUGGAACCGCAAUGAUUUUGGUAAUAUCUUCAAAAGAAAGCAGAAACUUAUAACGGCUAUACAGAACGUUCAAAACAGGAGUGAUUUCACAGUGUCUCGCGAUCUCCAAACACGGGAAAGGUUCCUCAUUAAUGAUCUCAAUGAAGUGCUGGACCAGGAGGAAGCGUUUUGGUUCCAGAAAUCUAGGGUGGAUUGGAUCAAAGAUGGUGACCGCAACACCAGGUUCUAUCAGAACGCUGCAGUGAUCAGAAGGAAUAAGAAUAGGAUCAGAUUCCUCAAGAUUAACGGAUCUUGGACGGACAAUCAUUCUUCCUUGUCCUCUCACAUUACUGACUUUUUUACUUCCCUUUUUUGCAGGGUUGAUACAAACGAUGCGGCUGUUCUAACCCCGGUGGCAGAGGAGCACACCAUAUCAUCUACCCAGGCGGGGGGCCUGUGCCGCCAGGUAUCCCUGGAAGAAGUAAGAAAGGCGGUCUUUGGUAUGAAGAAAUAUGGGAGUCCAGGACCUGAUGGGAUUCCAGCGAUCUUCUACCAGCACUUCUGGAGUGAGGUGGGCCCCUCGUUGACAAGAAUGGUAAAUCAGGCCUUGGUUAGUGGCACGAUUGAGACCUCUCUUCUGAAGGCCUUCAUGACCCUCAUCCCAAAAAAGGAGGUUCCCGAGACGGCAGCUGACUUUAGACCUAUCACCCUUCUGAACGUUGCUUUUAAAGCCAUUUCUAAAGUCCUGGUCAAUAGAUUGCGACCUAUCAUGUGUAAACUUAUAGGGCCUCACCAGAAUAGCUGUCUACCAGGUCGUUCCACGAUGGACAAUGUCAUUCUUACACAAGAGGUGAUUCAUACCAUGUCUUCUAAAAAAGGUAAAAAAGGCUUUAUGAUUGUCAAGGUGGACCUUCAUAAAGCUUAUGAUAGUGUCUCUUGGUCGUUUCUUGAGGACACUUUAGUUAGAUUCGGUUUUCCGAGAAGUAUCAUUGAUCUUCUUCUCUUCUCUCUUCGUGAAAGUGACAUUUCCAUUCUGUGGAAUGGGGGUCGCCUUCCAGCUUUUAAUCCGGGUCGUGGCCUCCGCCAAGGUGACCCUCUUGCUCCUUAUUUGUUUAAUUUGGUGAUGGAAAGACUUGCGUAUGACAUCCACAAUAAAGUUUCAACAGGUACUUGGAAACCGAUUAGAAUUUGUAGGGGAGGUAUUGGCAUUUCUCACCUUUUCUUUGCAGAUGAUCUCAUGCUCUUCGGAGAAGCGUCAGAGAUACAGGCCACGACCAUGGUUGAGUGUCUCAAUAACUUUAGUGCAGCCUCGGGCCUCAUUGUUAACUUGGCAAAGUCCACUACCUUCUGUUCUCCUAACCUUAAUGCAGGACUCAGAAGCCGUAUCAAGGAUAUUUUAAAUAUUCCCAUUGCAGCUAACAUGGGGCACUACCUGGGAAUGCCUAUUCUUCAAAGGCGUGUUUCCCGCCAUACCUUCUCUUAUGUGGUGGAUAAAAUGCGCAAAAAGCUUGCAACUUGGAAAGCCAGCGCCCUCAGCAUGGCGGGGAGGAGAAUCCUUGUGCAGUCCUCGCUAGCGACGGUCCCAACAUAUUCCAUGCAGUCCCUUGCCUUCCCGGUAAGCACGUGUUCUGACAUUGACAGACUUUGCAGGAACUUUUUGUGGGGACAUGAUGAUAACACAAGAAAGAUCCAUACGGUCAACUGGUCAGAUAUCUGCAGACCUCGGGAGGUUGGUGGUUUGGGUCUUAGAAAAGCCCGGGACUUCAACAUGGCCUUCCUCACCAAAAUGGCGUGGCAGUUGUGGUCUAACCAAGAUAAGCUCUGGAUUGGUGGGUGGGUGACCGACCUCCCUCUAGCGGAUGCUGUUCCAAAUGGUGGCGUCUCCACUCCUGACCAUAUUACAGUGGAUCAAUUCAUCACCCCUAGCAACACCUGGAACACCCAAGCCCUGAACAAUGUCCUUUCUCCUGGCUUAGUGGACAAGGUUCGGGCAAUCGCUCUACCAGCUUCUCUCAAUCAGGUAGAUCAGCUAACUUGGCCCCUUUCAAAUUCUGGUUCAGUUUCGGUUGCUUCGGCCUUUUCCUUUAUUUCAGGGUAUGACGAAGCGAAGGAUUCUCAUUCUUGGAUUUGGAAGAUCACCUGUGUCGAAAGAGUUAGAUUGUUCAUUUGGAAAGUGGCGGUAAAUGGCCUUCUUACAAAUGCUGAACGCUUCCGAUGGGGCCUAUCUCCAAAUGCAGAAUGUCCUAGAUGCGGCGCACAAGAAGAAUCCACUGAUCACCUCCUUCGACAAUGCGACUUUGCAAAAGAAUGCUGGGAGGCGGCUUCAGCACCUGCGAGUUUUAUGACAAGCUUCCACCUGCCUCUCAUUGACUGGAUGAUGAAGGCCUGCACGAUGGUCACUACAGCUGAUGGAAACAGAUGGCACACGGCCUUCCCCUAUCUCUUAUGGAACAUGUGGAAAGCUCACAACAACCUUGUCUUCAAUGGUACUCACGCCUUGGCGCAUGACAUUAUUAUCAAGACAAAGAGGGAAGCACAGGAGGCCCACAGAAUUCUUCUCAAACACACGGGCCCCUUACACGCACGGCAAACAUGGGUCCUUUGGUCACCCCCGCAAUUGAAUUAUGUUAAGAUGAACUCAGACGGAGCAAGGAAAUCUUCCACAGGCCUAGCCAGCGCUGGUGGUUUAAUUCGGGACCAUAGAGGGAGGUGGAUCGUUGGUUUCACGGUGAAUAUCGGUCACACCUCUAGCUUCGGAGCUGAAGUUUGGGGCCUUCGAGAGGGCUUGAUCGUUGCAAUCCAACGCGGCUUCACUCAUGUCAUUGCGGAGUCCGAUUCUGAGGCCUUGGUGAGCGUCAUUGAUAACAACUCCGAUGACGGUAAGCUGGAUUCCACUUUAAUCGCGGACUAUAAGGCCCUUAUACGACACUUCCAGGAGUUUAGACUUCAACAUAUUCUACGGGAAGGGAAUCAGUGUGCCGACUUCCUCGCAAACCUCGGACAACAAUCAGCUUGGGCACGACUUUGCUUGAACAACCCCCUGACGGUUUGA